AUGGACGCAUCACCCAGUGAUUCCGUCAUGAAGAUGGAUGACGCCAAGCAGCAAGCUCACCAUGAGUCUUGGGACUUAGAGGAACCACAGCCUGAGCGCAAGCGCUCUGGAGUGUUGAAUGUCGUAGUCUCUGGCCUCGCCCUAUUCAGCGACGGAUACAAUGCUCAAAUCAUUGGAUACAUGGAACCUCUUUUUUCCGUCCUGUACAAAAAUGGCAUGUCGUCGACGAUCAAAUCGCGCCUCUCGAACUCUUAUUUGAUUGGCGAGAUUUUCGGGAUGCUCUUCUUUGGCGUCUUGAUUGAUCGGAUCGGUCGUCGCACAGGAAUCAUUGCAGCCACCAUUUUCCUCAUUCUCGGUAUAGUCCUCGCCACCGCUGCUCACGGUAUUUCGGAGCUUGGGAUGUUCUGGAUGAUGAUUGUGGCACGUGGUAUCGCUGGAUUUGGUGCGGGUGGUGAAUAUCCCGUCUGUGCGACCAGUGCUACUGAAGCAGCCGACGAGACAGAGAAACUGCGAGAGCAGCGAGGCUUUCUGGUGGCAGUAACCACUGAUUUCGCUGUGGACCUGGGAUUCGUUGCCGCAGGAGUGGUCGCCUUGAUUAUUCUGGCAUGCUAUCACCAGCAGAAUUCGGAGGGAGUCUGGAGAAUCGCAUUUGGCUUGGGCAUAGUACUCCCGCUUUCGAUUUGCUUCUUCCGUGUUCGCAUGAUCAACUCCACCCAGUACAGGAAGCAUGCCAUCAAGUCGCAUUACCCGUACAAGCUGGUCCUGAAACGCUACUGGAAGCCUAUGCUGGGUACCUCUUUGGCCUGGUUUUGCUAUGACUUCGUGACAUACCCGUUCGGGCUUUUUUCUUCGACGAUUGUGGGACAGCUUAAUCCAAGCAACACCACCGUGCAAAAUAUCGGAUACGGAACUGUAAUCAACUGCUUCUACCUCCCCGGAUGCCUACUGGGUGGGCUUUUGAUGGACCGGAUUGGUCGCAAACAAAACAUGACCCUCGGCUUCCUACUCUGGGCUGUAUGGGGAUUUAUUCUCGGUGGAGCUUUGCCGCAAAUCCAAACUGUUUUCCCCUUGUUUGUGGUUAUGUACGGCAUUUUCCAGGCCCUAGGUGAAAUGGGCCCAGGUGUUUCUACUUUCCUGUGUGCUGCUGAGUCCUUCCCGACUCCCCUCCGAGGUCAUUUCUUGGGCUUUGCCGCGGCGGUUGGAAAGGCCGGUGCAUCCAUCGGCACUGAAGUGUUCACCCCGAUUCAAAGUUCCUUCUCAUCCGAGGAAAAAGGCCAGCAAGCUGUUUUCUUGAUCGGAGCUGCAUUUACCGUGGUUGGAGGACUGAUCUCCUGGUUUUUGAUACCCGACAUGUCUCGCGAGCUCGAGACGGAAGAUGCUCGCUUCAAGACAUACUUGGAAGAGCACGGCUAUGACAUUAGCCUAUAUGGCGAGGCCUUGGUGGUGAACCCCAGAACCUCCGAUUGA